CUUCUGCACUCGCACUGUGGCAGAGUGAACGCUCGCGAAUGCAAGGAUGCUCUGCUUGCGGUAGCACAAUUUUACUUACGUGCAAUUUUACGGUGUUUCAUGUGCAUAUAAGAAAAGUUUACAGCGAGAGAGAAUCGCGAGGACAAAACGUUUGAGGCGAAAGUACUUAGGUGGGAACUAUUCCAGACAAUUCUUGGCAGUUAUCCCUGAGCGGAUCUCACCGACGUAAUCAACAUGAUACUGCGGCUGGCAGUAACGAUAGAGUUGCUAAUCUCUCUGCAUCUAGUACUGUCAUCCCAGGAUACACAUCUCGCUUCACAUGUGCGAACGAAGCGGUCACCGGACCCGCGUUUACUAACGAGGGAGUAUAUUGUGGAUAGGAGCGGGCCGGACUCCGGGGCAUGGGGUCCUUGGUCCGGGGAGUCACCAUGCUCGCGAUCAUGUGGUGGUGGAAUCACGUAUCACCAUCGAAAAUGUUUAUCGACCAGAUCAGAUGGAAGUGCUGACUGCACAGGAGCCAGUAAAAUUUACAAGUCCUGUCAAAUUCAGGAUUGUCCUUCAGGCUCUAAAGACUUUAGGGACGAGCAAUGUGCCAAAUAUGACAGCACACCUUUCCAGAACCAAACGUAUGAGUGGAUUCCCUAUGCAAAUGCUCUCUCCGAGUGUGAUUUAAAUUGUAGGCCGAGAACAGAAAAGUUCUACUACAAAUUUGCAGCAGCCGUAGAUGGAACACGAUGCAAUGCUGAAUCAACCGAUAUCUGUGUGAAUGGAAUAUGUCGGCCUGUAGGCUGUGAUAAGCUGUUAGGUUCCAGUGCCAAAGAAGACAAGUGCAGAGAGUGUGGUGGUGAUGGCAGUACUUGUAAGACUGUGGAAGGCUUGUUUGACAUAUCAAACCUACAGACUGGAUACAAUGACAUGAUUAUCAUUCCUGGAGGAGCCACUAACAUUCACCUUAGAGAGAGAAAAGCAACAAAUAAUUUCCUUGCAAUACGGGACAUCCAUGGAACAUAUUACCUCAAUGGAGAGUGGAGGAUAGACAGUUCAAAGGACAUGCAAAUUGCUGGCACAACAUUUUACUAUAAACGCACGCCUCAUGGUUUCCAUGCACCAGAACAGCUUGAUGCACUGGGACCAACCACCGAGACUCUCUUCAUUGUGCUGUUACUACAAGAAGCCAAUCCUGGUGUGAUAUACGAAUAUUCGAUACCACUUGGAGUGACAAUGGCAGAUCCAGAUUCGUAUGCUUGGAUAUAUGAUGGUUGGGGAGAAUGCAGUCAGACCUGUGGCGGAGGCAUUCAAACGAGACCCGUGUAUUGCGCAAGGACAAUCGGCUAUGACACCGUUAGCGAGGUCUUAUGCAACCCGCUGCUUCGACCACCUACUGAGCAAUCCUGCCACACUCAGGCCUGCCCUGCCAGUUGGUAUCUGGGCGAAUGGGAGGAGUGCAGUAAUCCAUGCGGAGGAGGGCUGCAAUUCCGCAUUGUGUACUGCCAGCAGCAGGCGAAGCAUGGCAUAGUGUCACAGGUUCUAGAACAACAGUGCGUUGAUGCAGAUGGUGAGAAACCUACAUACAAACAGGAGUGCAAUGUGGAUGAAAUGUGCCCACACUGGCAAGCCAGCAAAUGGGGCCCUUGUGACAAGAUGUGUGGUAAGGGUGAGCAAACACGCACUCUCACCUGUCAUGCUCCUGGCAGCAAUGACACCUUACCAGAGGAUAACUGUGACGAGAGCCAUAUGCCAUCCACCAACAGGACGUGCGAUGCUGGACCAUGUGAGGGUCUGGAGUGGAUGACCUCUGAGUGGACAGAGUGUGACGCCUGUGGGCAGACGAAGCAAUCUCGCGAUGUUAUAUGUGUGAGCAAGAAGGGAGUGAUCUAUGACGAUAGCAAGUGUGAUGAACUCAGGAAGCCUGACUCCGUGAGUGACUGCCCAGUCAUGAGCCCAAAAUGUGAAGCUGCCUGGCAUAUGUCUGAAUGGAGUACGUGCUCUGGGACGUGUGGCAAGGGAGUGCAGACUCGCCAUGUGAUGUGUGUCGCUGCUAGUGAUGAGGACAGCAGUUGUAUCAGCCCAGCCAGUGAGGAACUGUGUAUGACGGAGAGGCCUACUGAACAGCAGGACUGCAUGAACGAACCUUGUGAAGCUGUUUGGUUCACUGGACCCUGGGCAUUGUGCUCAGUGCCAUGUGGUGGUGGUGUGCGCAAGCGGGAGGUGAUGUGCCUUAGCGAUGGCAAAAAGGUCAACAAGGGAGACUGUGACCCUAAUGACAGGCCAUUUGAUAAUGAACCGUGCAACCAGAAUGCUUGUGAUGAAGAUGUCCUAAUGCCGGUAGAAGGUUGUCACAAAUCGAAAUUCGGCUGCUGUGAAGAUGGUGUGACUCCUGCUAAGCCAAACAGAGAGAACUGUCGUAUGGUUGAAACUGGGAUACCUUGUAAUGAAACUGCGUAUGGCUGUUGCAUGGAUGGGAUUACUGCAGCUGCAGGACCAUUUAAGAAAGGCUGUGCUAUGGUGCAUUCCUGUAAUGAGAGCAGGUUUGGCUGCUGCCCAGAUGGCAUCACACCGGCCAAGGGAGACGAGGGUGAAGGCUGCUUAGAGGAGGAUGACUGCGAAACAUCCUCAUAUGGCUGCUGUGCUGAUGGCGUGACAGCUGCCAGUGGUCCACUCUUUGCAGGAUGUGAAUCUGAGCCUACUACACCACCAACGGAGACAAUGGCAUUCACAAACGACACUGAGACGAUAGCAAACAUGACCAGCACUGAAACACCAGUAGAUAUGAGCUCUGAAACACCAGUAGAUAUGAGCACUGAAACACCAGUUGAUAUGGUCACCACAGAAAUAAUGAGUUCUGAGUCUGGAACUCAGGCAAUGUAUGAUAUGCUAAGCACUGAAGCACCAGGAAUCAUGUCUACUGAUGUGACAUUGGAAGGCACAGGGUUCACAGAAGGGUUGACCACGACGCCAGACUACGUUUUGCCGACAAGAGGAAAGCCAGUUAUAGAUUCGCACGUGAAGGAUAUCGUGUCAGGCAUGACCACGCAGUCACAGAUGUCAACAGAGGACGUAGGUGUAACCACUAGUGCUGCAGUGAACGCCAGUGAACCUGACACGAUGGUAACUAAAAUGACAGAUACGGACACCAUGGUAACUCAAGUGACGGAGAUGGUAUCAGAAGUAACAGAGCAAGAGACUGAUGUCGUUCAACACACAACCAGCAUCUUUGUGUCAGAGGUACCUUGUAUAGAGACACCAUAUGGCUGUUGUCCUGAUGGCGUAACAGCCGCUGCAAGUCACGACUAUGAAGGCUGUGAGUUCAUGACUGUUGCGCCAUGUGCUAGUACAGCAUUUGGCUGUUGUCUGGACAACAUCUCAGCUGCAGCUGGACCAAAUAUGGAGGGAUGUGAAGAAGAGAUUGAGGGUGGGUUCAUAAGUACAGGCGAAGGUUCUGCUAUGGGUUGCAUAGGUCUCGAUGAAGCAGGGAGUGGGUGUAUUCCCGACACAGUGGUACCACCAUAUGUGUCUCCCAUGCCUGAAUGCGAGGAGUCUGAGUUUGGAUGCUGCCCAGAUGGCAUAACUAUAGCACUGGAUGAAGACUGGGAGAACUGCCCAAUUGAAACUACUGAGGUUGCUGCGACAGUCACAGAAAUGGCUGAGAAUGUCACUGAAGUGGAGAUGACUACCAGUUCAGAAGGGCUGAUUACUGGAACAGAGGAGAUGCCUACUGCAACUGAGCAGAUGAUUACUGGAACAGAGGGGAUGGCUACUGCAACUGUGCAGAUGACUACUGGAACAGAGGGGAUGGCUACUGCAACUGUGCAGACGACUACUGGAACAGAGGUCAUGCCUAAUGUAACAAUGGAGGUAAUGACUGGAACAGAGGAGGUGCUAACAACCGCAGUGGGGACUGGAAUAGAGGAAAAUGUCACCACUGAGAUAAUGACCACUUCAAUGCCAGAAGUUACUGAAAGUAGCACCAUCGAUACUUCUCUUAUUCAGGUAAUUGAGACUACAACAGGACUGUCAGUGUCUGCAUGCUCUGUGUCACAAUGGGGAUGCUGCAUGGAUGGGGUAAGGCCAGCGAUAGGGCCUGAUUUUGAAGGCUGCCAACUUGAAGACUGCAGAAACUCUCUGUUUGGCUGCUGUGAAGAUGGUAUGAACGAGGCACAGGGACCCAACAUGGAGGGCUGUGUCAUGACAACCACGGCUGCAGCAACACGUGUCGCCUGUGACGUACCCAAGGAUGAAGGGCCGUGCAGUGCCUAUGAGAUCAAGUGGUACUUUGACAUAGAAAAGGGAGUGUGUGACAGGUUCUGGUACGGAGGUUGUGAAGGCAAUGAUAAUAAGUUUACUACCAUGGAGGAGUGUGAGACGUCGUGCACAGCUCCUGAGGAGCCUGACACUUGUUUCCUGCCCGCGAUGGUCGGGCCAUGCAGUGAGAGUGUGCCACGCUUCUACUAUGACCAGGACGUGGGGGAAUGCCGACAGUUCACGUACGGUGGCUGUGGUGGUAACACUAACAGGUUCGCAGACAAGGCUGUCUGUGAGUCGCAGUGCCUGACUCAAGACGUAUGCUCACAACCAAAGGUUGUUGGGCCAUGCAGUGGGAGGUUUGAGCGUUACCACUAUGACGUGACUACAGACCGAUGCAAGAUGUUCAAGUACAGUGGCUGCAAGGGAAACCAAAAUAACUUCGUGGACGAGUAUGAUUGUAUCAGUCAGUGUGUGGAAAAACUUGAAAAAGAUAUAUGUUCUUUGCCAAAGGAGGUGGGAACCUGUCAUGGUACUUUCCCACGCUGGGUCUAUGACUCCUCUACAGGCCUCUGUGAGAAGUUUAUAUACUCUGGUUGUCAUGGCAACAAGAACCGCUUCUUUACCAAGGGAGAGUGUGAGACUCACUGUAAUUCCACACGGUCUCUGAGAGAUGUAUGCACUAUGCCCAAGGUGGAAGGUUCAUGCAGUGAAAACCUUGUGCGGUGGUUUUAUGACAUCUAUAAUGGUCAGUGUAAGCCAUUCUACUAUGGAGGCUGUGAAGGAAAUGGCAACAGGUUUGAAUCCAGGGAUGAGUGUGCACGAGUAUGUGGUGAUAUGUCCACUCUCGGCCCUGCAGAUGUCUGCUCAUUGCCAAAGGAAGUUGGACCUUGUCAAGAGAGACAGGAGAAAUGGUUUUAUGAUGCUGCCCAGAUGAGGUGUGUCAUGUUCCAUUAUGGAGGCUGCGAAGGAAAUAAUAACAGAUUCAACACACAGUACGAGUGUGAAAAUCGAUGCCUGGCAGAGACGCACACACCAAUGUACAUUGCAACGGCUGCACCUGAGGAUAUCUGCACACUGCCCAAAGAAGCUGGACCAUGUGGAAAUUGGGUAGCAACCUGGUGGUUUGACAGCAAUGAUGGCAUCUGUAAGCCAUUCUACUAUGGAGGCUGUGAUGGAAAUGACAACAGGUUUGACACGCCUGAUGAGUGCCGGCAACGGUGCGGACGCUUAGCAACAACUUUACCACCAACAACUGCUGCCCCUACAGUUGAACAAGUCUCUGUGUGUGAAUUACCACUUGAUGCUGGACCAUGUGACGACUACCAGGAGCGCUGGAGAUAUGAUCAGGCCACUGGCCGGUGCCAAUCGUUCAAAUGGGGUGGCUGUCGUGGCAACCAUAAUAAUUUCCAAACAGAACAACUUUGUCAGGAUUAUUGUGGAGGCAUUGUUGAGGAAGAUGUGUGUAGCAUGCCUUCUGAUCCUGGACCGUGUGAGGCAUACACCACCGCCUGGUACUAUGACAACGAGAUUGGUCAGUGUGCGACAUUCGCUUAUGGUGGAUGUGAAGGCAAUGCCAACAGAUACGACAAUAGGGAGGGUUGUGAGCGAGCAUGUGGCAUCUACCAAACACAAGAUUGGUGCAACAUGCCCAAGGAUCCUGGACCAUGCAGGGCUGGACUUCAAAUGUAUUACCAUGACAACAAAGUAGGGAAGUGUCAACAGUUUACAUAUGGUGGCUGCCAUGGUAACGGAAACCGAUUCAAGACAAUUGAAGAGUGUGAAGACACAUGCGGAAAGAUGGUUGCACUGACGACAACCCCACAGCCCACGCAAACACAACCAGUUCGACUAACCAGAGAAGACAUCUGUCUUAUGGGGCACCAGACUGGUCGCUGUAAUGACAGAGUACUGCGCCAUUACUACGAUGCUGGCGUGGGUUCGUGCAAGGAAUUUACAUACAGUGGUUGUGGUGGCAACCAGAACAACUUUGGCGAAAAGAGUGACUGCGAGAGAUAUUGCAGUGGAGUUAAAUCUGAAGAUACCUGUCAACUCGAUAAAGAUGCGGGUCCUUGCCUUGCUUACAUCGAGUCAUGGUUCUAUGAUAAGCAGACGAGACAGUGUGCAGAGUUCGUCUACGGGGGUUGCCAGGGCAAUGCUAACAGAUUUGAGAGCAAGUCUGAGUGCGAACAGAAAUGUAUAACAGAGCUGGUGACGGAACCAACCCCGACACGGCCACCACAUACAGAAGCACCUGAGGGCCAAGAACAAUGUUACCAGCCAAAGGAUGAAGGUACAUGCGACGAGUAUGUGUUGCGCUGGUACUUUGAUGCUGAACGUGAUGGUGGACGAUGUGCUCCAUUCUGGUAUGGUGGUUGUCAGGGCAACAGUAACAACUAUGGGUCUCAGCAAGAGUGCGAGGAUGGCUGUGUAUCUGGUGCUGUGGUUGCCACCAAGCCACCGGUGUAUACGACUGUGUUACCAGUAGAGACCACUCAGGCCACAAUGGCGGGUGAGCCAUCGCAAUAUGAUAUCUGCCAUCAGCAGAAAGACACUGGACCAUGUGAAGACUUUGAGGUUCGUUGGUACUUCUCUGAGGAGCAGGGAAACCGAUGCGCACCAUUCUACUAUGGUGGUUGUGAGGCCAACAAGAACAAUUUCGAGACAUACCAGGAGUGUUUCGAUUCCUGCCAUGGUGUCACGGCGCCACCUGCUACUACAAGUACACGAGCCCCAGUCACUAGACCUACAGAACCGUACGACCUGUGUCAGCUGCCAAAGGAUGCAGGUCCGUGCAGCGAUUUCAACAUGUGGUGGUACUUUGACACCGAACGUGAGCGCUGUGCUGCAUUUUACUACGGUGGUUGCGAGGGAAAUGACAACAGGUUUGAGUCUCUCGAGGAAUGCGAGAGUGAAUGCACGAGGCGACCAGAGACAACAAUGCCUAUACGCACACGCCCAGAAGUGACGAAGCCUACUAUUACAACAGAAACACCCAGCUCAUACGACAUCUGCGAUCAAGAAAAACAACCUGGGACAUGCAGUGACUAUCAGCUGCGCUGGUACUUCUCUGAUGAAGAUGGUGGCCGCUGUGCACCAUUCUACUAUGGUGGCUGUGAAGGAAAUGAGAACAAUUUUGCAUCGUAUGAAGAGUGCAACGAUUUCUGCUCUGCUGCGACACGGCCAGCAAAGGUGACUGAACAACCUACCACAGUGGCAAUAGCGCAAAAGACCACCAUGUUACAGGUGGAAACGACUGAGCCUGAGGAGGUUGAUGCAUAUGGUGUAUGCCAUCUUGAAGUGGAUCCAGGUCCUUGUGCUGAUUAUGUCCUGCGGUGGCAUUACUCUCAGGAGAAGGGUGACCGGUGUGCCCCGUUCUACUAUGGUGGCUGUGAAGGCAACGCAAACAAUUAUCAGACAUAUGAUGAGUGUGACGCAAUCUGCUCAGGAGCCACUGCACCAUCAACAACACAGGCUUCUGUAAUCGAAACCACUAUGGCGUCAUACACCACAGAAACAGUUACUGAGAUCACUGAGGAAGUGGUUGAGGGAACAGAAAAGCCAUCUGCUUAUGACAUCUGCAGAGAGCCUCUACAAGCAGGUCCAUGUGGUGACUUCAUACUGAGUUGGUAUUUCGCGCCAGAAAAGGGUGAUCGGUGUGCACCUUUCUACUAUGGAGGCUGUGAGGGCAAUGGCAACAGAUUUGGAACUUACGAUGAAUGCGCGAGCUUCUGCACAGGAGCAUUACCUCAAGCAACUACCCAUCCUGUUACUGAAACAAGUAAAACUAAACCUACACAUGAAACAAUGACAACGGUAGCUCCUACUACUGUUUUAACAACAACUAUGAGACCAAUGCAAACGACAGAGAAACCGUCAAAAUAUGAUAUCUGCCAGCAGCCAAAGGAGGCAGGACCAUGUGACAGCUAUGUAUUGCGCUGGUACUUCUCUGCUGAAGAUGGCGAUCGUUGUGCACCGUUCUACUAUGGUGGCUGUGAAGGAAAUGAGAACAACUUUGAAACCCAUCAGGACUGCUCUGACUUCUGCUCUGGAGCCAUACUACCACCUACGGAAGCAUCCACUGGUGUUACUCACCUAGAGACAAAAACUACAGAAAUGGUGCCAGAAGCUACUACUGAAAUGGUGCCAGAAGCUACUACUGAAAUGGUGCCAGAAGCUACUACUGAAAUGGAGCCAGAAGCUACUACUGAAAUGGAGCCUGAUUAUAGUACAGUUUCUUCCACAGUCAUUGACAUAUGUGAGCUGCCGAAAGAACCUGGCUCAUGCAAUGAGUUUGUGCUACGAUGGUACUACUCGACUGAAGAUGGUGGCCGCUGUGCACCAUUCUACUAUGGUGGCUGUGAAGGGAAUGAGAACAACUUUGAAACACAUGAUGAGUGCUCUAAUGCCUGUCCGCGUGCCACAGAACCUGUGACAACUCCUGAAGCAGAAACUACUGAGGUAGCGGCUACAACAAAAGAGCUAUCUGAAUAUGAAGCAUGUCAGAUGCCACAAGAUCCUGGUCCAUGCAACGAUAUGAAGAUGUUGUGGUAUUUUUCAACUGAAACCAAGCAAUGCAAACCAUUUUACUAUGGUGGAUGCAAGGGAAACAAAAACAACUUUGCCACCUAUCGCGAAUGCUAUGCAUUCUGCGUAGACACAACGCCGAUGCCAACAGAAGAUUCAAAGAGACGCACUCCAGCUGUUCCUUCAACAGAGAUGACGUCAGCUCUUGUCACCAUAACGGACAUCUGUCAGCAACCAAAGGAGGCGGGACCUUGUGAUGAUUACGUGUUGCGCUGGUACUUCUCUGAUGAAGAUGGUGGCCGCUGUGCACCGUUCUAUUAUGGUGGCUGUGAAGGAAAUAAGAACAACUUUGAAACCCAUCAAGACUGCUCUGACUUCUGCUCAGGCGCUCCAUCUCCGACAACAAAACUCUCGAAGACACGUACAUCUACUGUUGCUACAACAGAGGCCACGUGGCACGCAGUGACAACAGCUGCAACAGAAGAGUCGAAGGUGAACGCUUCCUCUGUUUCUUCAACUGAGACCACACCAACCACACACUCGACGAUGGAUAUAUGCAAGCAACCAAAGGAGGCAGGACUCUGUGGUGAUUACGUGUUGCGCUGGUACUUCUCUGAUGAAGAUGGUGGCCGCUGUGCACCAUUCUACUAUGGUGGCUGUGAAGGAAAUAAGAACAACUUUGAAACUUACGAGGAAUGUUCCGACUUCUGCUCAGGGGCCCCAUCUGCAGUAACAAAACUUGCGACGACACCUCCAUCUACUGUUGCUCCAACAGAGGCAACGCGGCCUGCAGAGAUAACAGCUGCAACAGAAGAGUCGAAGGUGAACACUUCCUCUGUUUCUUCAACUGAGACCACACCAACUACACAAUCAACGAUGGAUAUAUGCAAACAACCAAAGGAGGCGGGACCCUGUGGUGUUUACGUAUUGCGCUGGUACUUCUCUGAGGAAGAUGGUGGCCGCUGUGCACCGUUCUACUAUGGUGGCUGUGAAGGAAAUAAGAACAACUUUGAAACAUACGAGGACUGUUCUGACUUCUGCUCAGGGGCCCCAUCUCCAGUAACAAAACUUCCAACGACACGUGCACCUACUGUUGCCACAACAGAGGCCACGCGGCCUGCAGAGAUAACAGCUGCAACAGAAGAGUCGAAGGUGAACACUUCCGCUGUUUCUUCAACUGAGACCGCACCCUCGACGAUGGAUAUAUGCCUGCAAUCAAAGGAGACAGGACCCUGUGGAAAUUACGUCUUACGCUGGUACUUCUCUGAUGAAGAUGGUGGUCGCUGUGCACCAUUCUACUAUGGUGGCUGUGAAGGAAAUAAGAACAACUUUGAAACUUACGAAGACUGUUCUAAAUUCUGCGCAGGGGCUCCAUCUCCAGUAACAAAACUUGCGACGACACCUCCAUCUACUGUUGCUACAACAGAGGCCACGCGGCCUGCAGUGAAAACAGCUGCAACAGAAGAGUUAACGACACAGACACACACUUCCACUGUUUCGUCAUCUCAGACUACGCGACCAACACUCUCCACGAUGGAUAUCUGCCAGCAGCCAAAGGAGGCAGGACCAUGUGACAGCUAUGUAUUGCGCUGGUACUUCUCUGAUGAAGAUGGUGGCCGCUGUGCACCGUUCUACUAUGGUGGCUGUGAAGGAAAUGAGAACAACUUUGAAACACAUGACGACUGUUCUAACUUCUGCUCAGGCAGCCCACCUCAACCAACAACACAACCAACUGCACCUACGUCUACUUUUGCUGAAACAGAGGCCACUUUGUCUACAGUCGCAACUGAAGCUACUGAUGCAGCGACACUGCUCGUGACAUCUUCAGUUGUUGUUGAUGAUAGUAUGUCUACGGAUUCAGGUGUCAUCUCUGAGGGUCCAGACAUGGUGACAGAGGGAGAAGAAAUCCAACAGACGACUUUCCCCUCAGAGAAGGAACUUGGGCAAUAUGAGAUCUGCCAGCAACCGAAGGAAGGUGGACCCUGUUACAAUUACGUGUUGCGCUGGUACUUCUCUACUGAAGAUGGUGGCCGAUGUGCACCGUUCUACUAUGGUGGCUGUGAAGGAAAUAAGAACAACUUUGAAACCCAUCAAGGCUGUUUAGACUUCUGCUCAGUAACCACACCGCUGCCUAGUGAAUCGCCUUUGACACACACCACUUCUGCUACUGAAAUUGAGACCACAACCCAGAAAGUUACUACAGAGGGUACUACAAAGGUAUGCCAGCAACCUAAAGAGUCGGGACCUUGUGAUGAUCACGUAUUGCGCUGGUACUUCUCUGAUGAAGAUGGUGGCCGCUGUGCACCAUUCUACUAUGGUGGCUGUGAAGGAAAUGAGAACAACUUCGAAACAUACCAGGACUGUUCAGACUUCUGCUCAGUAACCACUGAGGUGCCUGCAACCACAACUAGUCCAAGUGAUGAAUUAACAGAGGUGGCACCAACAGCAGAUGAGAAACUGUCAACAUACGAAAUCUGCCAGCAGCCAAAGGAGGCAGGACCAUGUGACAGCUAUGUAUUGAGCUGGUACUUCUCUGCUGAAGAUGGCGAUCGGUGUGCACCGUUCUACUAUGGUGGCUGUGAAGGAAAUGAAAACAACUUUGAAACCCAUCAGGACUGCUCUGACUUCUGCUCUGGAGCCAAACCAGUUGAAGCUACUAAGACUCCCGAGGAGACCACAUUUGCACCAGUAGAUGGCACCUCAAUGAUGCCAGACACAACAAGUAUGCCUGAUACUGGUGUAGAAGGUACAACAGAGCCUGAGCAGGUGGAGAUGACGACGUUUAUGGAAGAAAUGGUCACUUCAGCAGCGAAGCUUACACCAUAUGAAACCUGUCGACUGGCUAAAGAUUCUGGGCCGUGUGACAGCUACACGGUACAGUGGUUCUUUGAUGCUGAGAACGAUAACCGAUGUGCUCCCUUCUACUACGGUGGAUGUGACGGAAACGAUAACCGCUUCGCAACAUUUGAUGAAUGCAACGACUUCUGCUCUAAAGCAGCUCCAUGCCCACUGUUGGAUGACUGUGAAAAGAAGUGUGAGUUCGGCCAGCUGUAUGAUGACAAGGGCUGUCCAACGUGUCAGUGCUCUCCAGACCCUUGCCAGGACCACUAUUGCUCUGAAGAUGAAGAGUGUGUCGUGGUUGAGGUGAAUUGCAUCACAGCACCAUGCCAUCCCACAGCCGAGUGUAGAACUAAAAUGGGGCCUACAGAAAUUCCUGCGGUACCAACAUUCCCUUACGUAACUGAGCCUGAAGCACCAGUGAUUAUCUCGGGUAGCUCGGCAAUACAAGUACAGCAGGGCUCGGAUGCCAUGCUCCCCUGUGUUGCAAUCGGCUCCCCAACACCAUCCAUCACCUGGUUCAAGGGAUCGGAUGCCAUCCUUGGCAAGAAUUCCCGAAUCAAACAGGACAAGAACGGAGCGCUGAAGAUAGAGGCAGUCGCGCAGGAGGACGCGGGCAGCUACACGUGCAGAGCAUUUAACGGCAUCGGUCCACAGGCAGAUCUAACCAUACCACUCAUUGUUGAAGUGCCAGCCAGGAUUGAGGGCGUCAUCUAUGAGAAAGUAAAGGGAGUGAUUGGAGAAAGCCUGGAGCUGCACUGUCCAGCAUAUGGUGUUCCAGUUCCAGAGGUCAUCUGGCAGAAAGGUUCAACAGGUGUUACAGAGCAGCAGCAAAGGGCAGAUAGCACCUGGGCAAGGAGAUAUGGACCAAUCAGACUCCCUUCAUCGAACCCACGCUUUACGGUAUACUCUAACUACUCACUGGUGAUCAGCCCAGUGCAGGAAGGUGAUGACGGUGUGUAUGGCUGCAUGGCAAGAAAUGGACUCGGCCCCACUGAGCGCAAGAUUAUCAGCCUGACCCUGAACGAGCCUGUUAAAGCCGUGAUCCUCACACAUACGUCAGCAUAUGACACGGGAGAUGUAGUAUCACUGCAGUGUGUAGGCAGUGGUUAUCCUCAGCCACGCAUUGAUUGGACAUUCAAUGGUCUGCCACUGUACACAACUGGACGUCGCGAGGUGUAUGGUAAUGGCACACUUGUGCUGCAUGAUGUCAGCAAGGCAGAUGAUGGCAGGUACUCGUGCAAGGUCUCCAACCAGCAGUCGUCAUCUUCAACGUCAACGUAUGUCAACGUCAGAACUGUCACGAAGAAGCCAGACACUUGCCGCGAUAAUCCCAUUCUCGCCAACUGCAAGCUUAUUGUGAAGGCACGUCUGUGUGGCAACCGUUACUACUCCAAGUUCUGCUGCAAAUCGUGUCACGAGGCAGGACAACUGUGGUAGUUCCCAACGCAGAUGUACAGCAACAGCAGUUGACCACGUUGGUUGCUAGUGGUCAUCAGUCAUAGUAGUGACUAUCAAUCAUUUUUUUAGUUAUCAUUUUUGUGUAUGUAGUUACCGAUGGCUAUUAUAGCGAUCACUGGUCAGCGGUGGUCACUAACCUCAUGCCUGCAAGGCAAUCCCAGAAGUCAGUAGCUGCUGUAUUGUGGGAUAUGGUUCUGCGAAGGAUUACCAAGAUAUUUAUGUGCCCUGUAUGUAUGUUGACAUGAGUUUUAAUUUUUUUAUGCUUCUAAAACUAUGACCAUUUUAGUAAAUAAUUGUAACCGUUAUAAAUGUUUGCUUAGUGUUAAAUCCAGUAGUUGUCGCCAUUUUGUAGUUAAAUAAAUCAUGAAUACGGAGAAUUUUUAAUACAUGUGAAGGUGUCACUAUAUUUAUACAUGUAUCUUUAGGUGUGUGCAGUUCUGAUGGCCUUUUAAAUGAAGUUAUUCUUUUUAUUAAUUAUAAAUAAUGUAGGAAAUCAAAUUUAUAAUGACUGUUAUAGAAUGUCACUUGAAUACGCCGUCAGUGCUAGGAAAUGUAUAUCUGCAAUAGUAGAUUAGACGUAAUAAUUGCAUUUACAGUGCAUUUUUAAGUAAUGUACAUUGAGUACAUGUGAAAGAUCUCAGGAGCUGGAAAGCACUGGUGCUAAAAUGGUUUUCGAGAUCUGUUAUAGCGACCUAAAAUUAAUUGCCAUUGUUUACGAUUUACCUUCAGAAACCACCAAUGAGAAGCAAUGAGCCGAGUGUAUGUGUAUACCACGCUGUGGCACUGAAUUUAAUAGCGUGUUAAGUAAAUGUAUAUUCAUGUAUGUCGAAUCUCCAGGUAAUAACUCAUCCAUAGGGAAUCUCGGACCGUUUGUGAAUACAUUGAUUUUGCGGUUUUUAAAAAUUAUCGGAAAAUAUCCAUCUGAGAUCUCAUCAUAAUUACAUCAAUAAAUGUUCGAUGGUUCUUCGCCUUGUUUCCUUUUUAUUACCGUAUAUGCACUGUUAUGAUUAACUCACGUUUGCUCGUACAUUUGUUUGUAACGCGCCAGGAUUUCUAGUGUACAAGAGACAACAAAAUCGUCAUAUAACGGCCGCCGUCGCGAACCAUGCACUGUCAGCUUUCUUUAUGAAAACGCACCGCCAAAACUCCCAGGAUCUGCAUUGUCCCGACAAAUUCUACUGUACUGUGUUAACACGUGUGAACUUUAUUUCAUACGAUAAUUAUUUGGGUCCUAUCUUGCCAAAAUGCAAAAGCAUUGGUCUUAAAACUCUUAGCUAGGAAGCUGCUUUACAAGCGCAGAAGUAAUAUUAUUAUUACCGUUAUGAGAAUCUCAUGAAAUGGAGCUACUAAAUGAAAAUGUCUGGUAGUGCUGUUAAUCAUAUUACGGCUAAAGGUAUAAUACGUGUAAUAAACGAUGCUAAUUGGGAUAAGCUCAAAAUGCGCGCUGUCGUGUAGGUGUAUAUUACUGUGCCAUGAUCAAAGUUAAUCUAGGUUAUGCACGCGCCAGAUAAAUUUCCAGGUUUUUCCAGCAUGUAUGUAUCUGUACGCAAAUGUUAGUAGUUAUGUAUUGAUUAAGGCAGUAAAAUCGUGGGUGAUUACUUAUGACCCCAAUAGGAAGUGUGUGAUUAUUAUUCAACAUGCUUACGAGUAAAAGUUAAUAAAAUUUUAUUAUUGCCAGUUAA